AUAUACAAAUUAUCUAUGCCAAUAGACCCUAUCAAACGGCCCCUAAGUGAAGAUCAAGUAAGGAAAGCAGCAGCAGAUGAUGAGAUCAUGCGAGAGAUGGUUACUCUAAUCGAUGAGGAGGAGUUUGAAGCAACUCAAAGUUCCUCAAGAAGCGUGGAAGGCAUUUCAAGGAAUUUAGUGGCAGAUGAUGAAAUCCUGCGAGAGAUUGUUGCUCUACUUGAUUAAGAAGAGGUUAGAGCAGCUCAAAUUUCUUCGAGAAGAAGAAAUCGGAGGAAAUGUAGGAACAAAGAGCAUCAAAACAGGAAAAGUCUUGCAAAUUUGGAGACUGUAUGCACACGAGACGAGACAAAGGCAAUAGCAAAUUUGGUCACUGUAUGCACACGAGAAAAAAUACUAUUGCGGCUUCUCUUUCACUUUUAUUUUUAUACACAAAUCAUUUUUUAUUUUCUUCCACCGCAAAAAAAAUCUAUAUAUAGCCAUAUUCUAAACUCUUGGUUCUUAGAUAAUCUAAAUUUCGUCAUUUCGAUUCACCGCGUAAUCUUUAAGCUUCGUUUGUGAAAUUGUAAAUCUUGGGUUUUAACAGCAGCACCAAAUGGCCAGCCAAUCAAACCAGCCUAAUUCAAUCCAUGAGUUCACUGUUAAGGAUGCUAAGGGCGAUGAUAUCAAUCUGAAUACAUACAAGGGCAAGGUCCUGCUGAUUGUCAAUGUUGCAUCACAAUGUGGACUGGCCAAUUCUAAUUACACUGAGCUGACACAGUUAUAUCAGAAAUACAAGGAUCAAGGAUUGGAGAUACUGGCAUUUCCAUGCAAUCAGUUUGGUUCACAAGAGCCCGGUACUAACGAAGAAAUUCAGGAAUUUGUCUGCACUCGUUUCAAGGCUGAGUAUCCUGUAUUUGACAAGGUGGAAGUAAAUGGUUCCAAUACUGCACCAAUAUACAAGUACUUGAAGUCAGCAAAAGGCGGCAUGUUUGGGGAUGGUAUUAAGUGGAACUUCUCCAAAUUCCUCGUAGACAAAGAUGGUCACGUCGUUGAUCGCUAUGCUCCCACCACAUCUCCUCUAAGCAUAGAGAAGGAUAUCAAGAAGCUCAUUGAGAAAGCGUAAUAUUGCAGCAGGCGGUCGUGUUUGUGGAUGAGCUAGAAUAAGUAAUGCGACUAAGAACAUCUGCAUUUGUACCCUUUGAGUUUUCGUUUGAGAUCUUCAGGGGGUUUUAGGUUUUUUUCUGUUGUCUGUAAGCUUUCACUGUGUUUUCUUUUCCUUUGUUUUCUAUAUGUAUCUAAUGUUGUAUUGUAUGAAUAAACCUAAUAUCCUAAGAUGUAACUUGCACUACUUUUAUCAUCUUAGGAGGAUUAGUUGUGCAUAUCCCUAAAAGUAAACAUCACAAAUGAGGAUUAUCUAUCAUUCCAAUAAAUGGGAUUUUUUUUUUUC